UGGAGCCACCGGGAGACCUUGGAUUUCCUCGCCUUGUGGGGGGAAGAAGGCAUCCAGGCGCAGCUCAACCGGUGCCACCGGAACGCCGACGUCUACCAAUGGAUCUCGGAGCGGAUGGCGGAGAAAGGCUAUUUCCGCGACGAGGACCAAUGCCGGACCAAAGGCAAGGACCUCAAGAAGAGUUACAAGCAAGCCAAGCUCCAGGACGGGAUCGCCCGCCAGCGCUGCCGGUUCUUCCACGAACUCGACGCUAUCCUGGGCACCGGGCGCGCCGGCGGCCCCGAUCCCGCGCGUGGCCGCGGGAGCGGCGGCAGUAAGAGCUGCCACGCCGCCGCCGCUGCUCCUCCUUGGUGCCAGGUGGUGAUCAAAGAGGAGAGCGAUCCGGAGUUGGAUCCGGAUCAAGACCUGCAGGAAGAGGAGUACGCCUGGACCCAGGUGUCCGUCACCGACGGCAGCGACCUGGAUCCCCAAGGCGAGCCUUCCUCCUCCUCGGCCACCGCCAACGUGGCUGCUGCCGCCGCCGCCGCUUCCUCCUCUUCCUCCUCCUCCUCCUCUUCUCAAGCGGCCGGGGGCUUGCUCCGCCGCGAGGACCCCCUCCUGCCCCACCACCCGCAGCAUCCCCGCCCGGUGGCGGGGGGGAUCGUCAAGGAGGAGAAGAGCCCCGCCCGAGAAGAGGCCGGCCUCCAAGGAGCCGGAGGUGGAGGAUCGGGACCUUACCUCUACGCCCGGGAAGACGCCCUCGGGGAGAGCAACGCUGGAGACCCCCUCGGGCCCGCGGGGGUGGAGGAGCCUCUCCUUCGCCGGGAGCCUCGGGGGCAUCUGGAAACGUCCUGGAGGGCCGGGCUGAGCCGGAGAGCUUUUUCCAGGAGCCGGACUUUGUUGAGCACACGGGAGAAGUUGGCACAGCUCCGAAACAGAAGGAAGAGGCCCCGAGAUGACAGAUUUGACGAGCUGAUCCGGGACAUUCGCAUGCAUUUCCGGGAGAGAGAGAAGCUCUUCCAGGGACUGUGGGAGGAGGAGAAAGCCCAGCGAGAGAAGGACAGGAGGCUUUGGGCGGCCGAAAUGGAAUGGAUCCGGGAAAUGUGGACUAAAAGCCAGAAGGAGAAGGAGGCAGCGGUGGGAGAAGACCCAGAGACAAAUGGGCCUCUGCAUGUAAAGGAAGAGAGCUGGAACAAGGACCUCAGCAAAGAUGUUGAAGGGGAGCCUCUGAAAGAUACCUGCGCUCAAGAGCCCCUUCUGCUAAAGUCCUGGCUGGAAUCUCAUGGCCGGAGCUUUGGGCAUUUUGUCGAUGGCAAGUGGCUGAAGCCGGAGGGCAGGGAGACGUACGCCACCAAGAAUCCCACCACAGGGGAGCUUCUGGCCACCACCCUUCAGGGCAGCAGAGAAGAUGUUGACGUAGCGGUUGAAGUUGCCACCAAAGCCUUUGAAAGUUGGAGCCAGCUGCCUGGCCAUGUCCGAGCCCGGCACCUAUACAACGUGGCCCGGACCAUCCAGAAGCACCAACGGCUAUUCACCCUUCUGGAGAGUUUAGAUAGCGGGAAAUUAAUCCGGGAAGCUCGAGACACAGACCUGCCUUUGGUUAUCCGACACUUCUACCAUCAUGCAGGCUGGGCCCAGCUGAUGGAAGUAGAGAUGAAGAACUGGAAGCCCCUUGGAGUUGUGGCUGCUCUUGUCCCUCAGAAUUUUCCUUUGCUGACCCUGGCAUGGAAGGUGUGUCCGGCGCUGGCCAUGGGAAACACCGUGGUCGUAAAACCAGCCAGCUCUACCCGGCUUACAGCUCUGCUCCUGGCUGAGAUCUGUGCCCAGGUGGGGUUACCUCCUGGGGUUCUCAAUGUUGUCACGGGCGAUGAAGGACUGGGAGAGGCCUUGGCUGCCCAUCCAGACAUCGACAAAGUGGCUUUUGCUGGUUGUGUUGAGGUGGGCCGCAGCCUGCGCCGCGCCACCGCUGGGACCGGCAAGAAGCUUUCUCUCCAACUUGGAGGAAAGUCACCCUUCUUCGUCUUUGACUCGGCAGACCUGGAUAGUGCUGUGGACGGGUUGGCAGACGCCGUCUGGCUGAACCGGGGGCCGAUCUCCAAUGCUGGGUCUCAGCUUCUCCUGCAGGAAUCCAUUGCCAAAGACUUCAUUCAACGCCUGAAGUGCCGAAUGGGACAGCUCCGCGUGGGGGACUCUCUGGACAAAGCCGUGGACUUGGGUGCCUUGGCUAGCGAGAAGCAGCGAGAUGCUAUCGAGAGACUGGUGGAAGAUGCUCGGGCUGAAGGGGCCGAGGUCUACCAGGCCUGGGCAUCUCUUCCAUCAAGUGGGCUGUUCUACCCUCCGACCUUAAUCACUGGCGUGCACACUACUUCCCGUUGUGUGAAAGAAGAGAUCUUUGGACCUGUGCUGGUCUCGUUGACUUUCCGGACUGCAAAGGAAGCAAUUGCUUUGGGAAAUAACACCCCAUCUGGGCUGGUGGCCAGUGUGUGGACAGAAACCCUUUCCUUGGCUCUCGAAGUUGCUCGCAGUUUGCAGGUUGGGACGGUGUGGAUCAAUGGCCACAACAUGUUAGAUGCGGCAUCGGCUUUUGGGGGAGACAAAGAAAGCGGCUACGGUCGGGAUGGUGGCAAAGAGGGCCUGUAUGAAUAUGUGAGACCCAACUGGGAGAUCCGCCCACGGCCCAGCACCCUGGACCUCAACUAUAAAACCUUUGCUACCUCACAGGGGCCCGGCCUCCCUCUCAUCUGUGCAGAAAAUAAAACCCCACACUUGAUUGGGUCUGAAGCGGAAAGAAAGAUCUCAAGCAGCGUGGACCAAACUUACAAGUUGUACUACGGCGGUGCUCAGAAGAGACCAGAUUCCAUGAGUUCCUGCCCUAUCCUUAACCAUGCUGGCCAAAUCGCAGCUUAUGUGGCAGACGGGAGCAUCAAAGACAUCCGGAAUGCGGUGGAGGCCGCCCAUAAGGCUGCUGCAGGAUGGGCGAAGCAAACAGCUCAUGCCCGGGCACAGAUCCUGUACUACCUAGCUGAAAAUCUGGAACUCCGUCGAGCUGGGUUUGCGUCACAGCUGCAGGAAUUGACAGGUGCACAGAAAGAAGCGGCUCUGCAGGAGGUGGACCUCAGUGUGCAGCGUCUUUUCUACUGGGCAGCGUACUCUGAUAAAUAUGGUGGAGCAGUGCAGGAAACAUCCUUGUAUGGUGCCUCCCUCCUCUUCAGAGAACCUCUUGGCGUAGUGGGAAUUGCCUGCCCUGAUGAACACCCUCUCCUUGCUUUUGUCAGCCUGUUGGCUCCAGCUGUUAGCCGGGGCAACUGUGUGGUGAUGGUGCCCAGCGAGCGGUACCCGGUGCUUGCUCUGGAUCUUUACCAGGUACUAGAUACCUCAGAUGUUCCUGGUGGAGUCGUGAACAUCAUCUCUGGCAGCCGAGAUUAUCUGAGCCGGGCUUUAGCAGAGCACCAAGCUGUACAAGCUGUGUGGUAUUUUGGCUCUAAAGAGGGUUCUGCACUUGUAGAAUGGGCCUCUGCUGGGAACCUGAAGAGAACGUGGGUGAACUAUGGAUCAGAGCAGCGUCGCUGGGCCGAUCCACAGCAGGGGGCUGGGGAGGAAUUUCUCUACCAGGCCACCCAAUGCAAAAGUGUCUGGAUGCCCAUGGGUGACAUAUUUGCCAACUGAGGCCUUAGGCUGAACUGCAACGUUUGAAUUUUAAAAAAGACCAUUUGGUGGAUAUUUUUCUAAUAAAAAUGAAACAAAUCACUGCCA